AUAUAAAAUGUCAUUGUGAUGAGAUGUUAUCAUUCAUAUAAUCAAAACAUUGCGCUCCGAUUACUAGGAAAUUUUGUAUUUUUCUAAUAUUAUAAAAUAAGUAGUGAAAAUAGUUUAUAAAAAUGAGUAACUUUGACUACCUCUUCAAGCCUAUAGUUCUAGUGACAGGAUUUGGGCCGUUCCUAAAUCACCCGGUAAAUGCAAGUUGGGAGGCUGUGAAGCUGAUGAACAAAGACGAGAUAGAAAAGAAACAUAACGUAGAGCUGGUGCAGCUCGAGAUUCCCGUGACGUAUGAAAACGUAGACGAAUUUGUCCCUGCUAUCUGGGAAACACACACUCCGAAGUUAAUGAUCCAUGUUGGUGUGUCAAGCAUAGCCAAUAACAUAACAAUAGAAACACAGGCCCAUCGGAAAGGCUAUCAAAGGCUAGACUAUUUUGAUAAGUGUCCGGCAAAUCAUGUAUGUACGGCAGAAGGUGCUAUAAGGAUUCAUACAAAGUUGGACACGGAGAAACUAUGCAAUGAUUUCAAUGAUGGAAAUCCACCUAAAGAUACAAGUGCUAUCAUUUCUAAAGAUGCUGGCAGAUAUCUAUGUGAAUACAUAUACUACACAUCCCUAAGUGUGGACAACACUAGAACACUCUUCAUCCACGUACCAGAUACUAACGUGUAUUCGUCAGAGCAGACAGCUAGAGCGCUCGAGAAGAUUCUAGACCUCUGCUUAGAACAAGUAAACUCAAUGGAUUCUGCAAAAGAAGUAUCAGAUAAACUUAAAAAUACGAGUUUGAAAUCCGAAAAUGAAAUCGAAAUUAAGUAAAACAAAUAUUUUGUUUGUUGUUAAUUAAUUGUUACUGAUACAUUAUUGUACAUUCCUAGGUAAAUGUUUAAGUGUUAUUACGAGUAUUGGCAUUCAUUAAGGCAAAGUGUUUGUACUUAUUAGAUUUCUAUUUCUUAGAGAACUUUGUAAUAAAACAAUUUAUACGUUUACAGUA